AGAUUAGAAGUCGUUUUGGGGAUAGUAGUCGUCUUCUCUUCCGGAAAAACCCAGAGGCACAAUCGACGACAGGGAAGUUCCGAUCUGAAGUGGCAAAACGUGAAGGAAUACGAAGACGACGAUGAAGAAGAAGAAGGUGCAAUGGUUCUGGACUUGGGUGAUUGGUUCCGUCAUUUUGAGGGUCAUUCUUCUCUACUUUCCCAAAAACCUCAACCUCUCUUCUCGCCCCGAAGUUUCCACCCCUCUCACCAGUCUCCGUCGCCUGGCCGAGGGUUACUGGUUGAAGCAGUCAUCAAUGUCACCCUAUGCUGGAUCAAUGUACCACGGUUCUCCUUUGUUGUUGACAAUUCUUGGCCCGCUCACAGUUGCACGAAUUGAAGGACAACCCGAUCAUCUUUUAUGCAGCUUGGUUUUUGUGAUUGCAGAUGUGGUCAGUGCAAUGCUAAUUUGUGCUGCUGGUGAAAAGCUCCAGGUGGCAUACAGUUCAAGUUUACAAAUCCUUGGCCUUCAUAACUUAUCAGAGAAUUCAGAGCUCCUUCCUUCAGGAGAUUUUGCUGCCCUGGUAUACUUGUGGAACCCUUUCACGAUAGUUGCAUGUGUGGGUCUAUCCACAUCUUCAAUUGAGAACAUGAUGGUUGUGUUAUCACUUUAUGGAGCAUGUGCACGACUAGCUCCGCUGGCAGCUUUUGGGUGGGUUAUGGCUACACACUUGUCUCUGUACCCUGUAAUCCUUAUUAUCCCAGUGAUAUUGUUAUUAGGAUAUGGUCCUGAUGCCCCCCCUAGGAAAUUAUUCUUGCAAAGGAGCAGUUCCUCCUCAAGUGAUAGUAGCUGUUCAGAGAAGGAAGUGAAAAAUCACCUAAGGAUGCUGAAUGUAUUCUCAUGGAGGCCAGUUUUGCUUUUUUUGUUCUGGACUUUGCUGUGGUCAUCCUACGUUUUAGUCCUCUGUGGCAUUUAUCUCCAACAGCAAGGUGGUCUACAGGAGUUGUUCAGAAGAACCUAUGGCUUCAUUCUUACAAUACAAGACCUGUCUCCAAAUAUUGGUGUUUUGUGGUAUUUCUUUGCUGAAGUUUUUGAUUUUUUCAGAAAUUUCUUUCUGAUAGUAUUCCAUGGGAAUAUUCUAUUGAUGAUAGCACCAUUAGCCUUGCGGCUUAAUCACCGGCCAUGCUUUCUAGCUUUUGUAUAUGUUGUGAUAUCUUCUAUGUUGAAGUCUUAUCCUUCAGUUGGUGAUUCAGCACUGUAUUUGGGUUUACUCGGUUUAUUUGCUUAUGAACUCAAAGAUAUGCAGUUUUCAUUCUUCCUGCUUUCUGGUUAUGUCGGGGUUUCACUACUUAGCCCUGUGAUGCACAAUUUAUGGAUUUGGAGGGGUACUGGGAAUGCAAAUUUUUACUUUGCAACUGCAAUUGCUUAUGCAUGCUUGCAGAUCAUUUUGGUGGUUGAGAGUGUUAGUGCCAUGCUCAAUCAUGACAGAAAGGUCACAAAACUAUCUACUGCAAAGCGUCAAAACAUCAAAUCUUAGGACUUGACAGUGUGCUUUCAUGUGUCCGUUAAGUUUCUACGGCAUCCCAAAGCUGCAUGUGGACCUUGAUCUUGGUUCCAAGAUCCAUUUUUAUGCUGUCGUUCAAUUCCUUUUGUCAACCUCUCAUUUCUUUGGAUGAGCAUUUUUCCCCGCGGUUAGUGUGUUUGGACGCAAGGCUAUGCAAUCAUGAUGCUGAAUGCUUGUAACUGGAUAGAAUCUGUUACAAGGAUAAACAAUCAUAUGAUAAUUUACGGUUGUUCUUAGAAUUCUUUUGUUCUUGAUCUAGCAUUUAAGUUCCGAUGGUUUCAUUCUUCAAUUACUAUUUGAAUGCAGAGCUUGGUUAUUUUAUUCGUUUUAAAUUUUAUGUUACUAUUAUGCAAUUGCCGUUCGGAGAAUCUGGAGCGCGUGUCUUGUAAUCCACACCACCAGCUUAUCGGAAUAAACUUUUACACCAAAAACUCGAGCAUAUCUUCCGUUAUUGACGAGUCUUUGUUGCGGUAUUAACGAGUUCUAUUAUUGUAUAUCUAACUUUGAACACCUAUACCCAAUCUUAUAU